GGGGGCAGAGGAGGAUUGUGGAAAGGCUAAGGGCGAGAGCUAGAAACGAGGCCCGACAGUUGUAACGUUAGCGCGGAGGGGAGGGGAAGGAGAGGGCAGCUGUCCCCGCUUGAUUGAUUGACUGAUGUGGGACGGAUUUUAAGGAUCAACCGGGCUAGCCUGGUGUGCAUCCAGUGCGUCUUAAUAUCAUUGCAGUCGAAUUACUCUAACGUUACACAGCUGAAAAGAAAUGCAUAUGCAUUAAAUUUAAAAAAACGCUAAAGCGAUCGAAGCUGUCUUGGUGUUUGGCCAAACGGAUGGCUUUGUAUCAGUCCGCAGCUAACGUUUGGUGUCUCUUUUUUUUUUUUUUUCACCUGGCUAGCUAUGCUAGCUUGUUUUUUGGCAGUUAUUCCCUUGCUAAAUAUGGCGCUUUGCAUUUUGGCUGCAUCAUACCAGCAUAAGAAACAAUUUUAAGUAAACAGUUAGCUGCCUCGCUAACGUUCGCUGUGGCUCGGCAAGACGGUUUGUCUUUCGGGUUAACCCCAGAUUGGGCUCAGGAGCUAACGAACGUUACAGGCUAGCUAAAUAUUGUGGGAAAACAAAGCUUAGCUACUCCAGCCGAGCUGCUUUGUUGGCGAAUAACACUAACGGCAUUUCACUUAGUUAACGUUAGAGGAUAGUUGGCUGACGUUAUGCCAAGGUCUUUCUUAAACUUUUAUUUCCCCUUACUGCCACUAACAGUGUGAGCAGCUAAUUCGUGGCUGAAAGCUAAGGGCAUCGUGGUGGGUGUGUUAACAGCAGUUACAGGGUAACGUUCACAUAAACUCGCUCUUAUCAUAACAACAACGCACCUCAGGGUCGGUAACGUUCCAUCAGUCUCAGUUUUUGGAGUGACGUGAACAUAAAUAUGUUGACAAGAUAUAUUAUCGCAAUAAAUUAGUUAACUUACCCUUCAUAUAACGUUACUGUUUUUUCUGAGGGUGCCUCGAUUUCGUUCUUUUGCCCAGACGUGUGUGCAUAUACUAGCACAGAACAUUUAGCAUUUGAGUAUUUCAUGAUAUUUUUACUUUUCUUUUUAUUACUGCUGUUGUCAUACAAGCCCAUGUUCAUUUUUGUCUUAUGUUUGAGUAAAUAUUUGAUUCUAAGUGUUUAUUAAUGCUAAGGCUACUUAACAUGACUUCUUUGUAGUAUGAAAAUAAGCUUGUUCAUUCUACCUUAAUCACACCAGCCCCUACACUGUUAAUAUUUCAAUAAUCUUUCAUUCUGACAUCAUGACAGUUAUUUUAUUAAAAGAGUUUGUACCUACCCUAUGGGCAUCUCUUACAGGUAGUCUAACUGAAUCUAUGUGUAUUGUGUAGGUUGGCUACCUGUCUCUACUUUCUAUAAUGCCCCAGUGUUUGCAGCAUCUGCAGUGAACGUGAUGGCAGCCCAGUCGCUUUCCAUAGACAAGUACCCAAAGGGGGAGCAGCAGAUGCACAGUGUGGUAAAGGUAGACAGCGAUUCGGAGCAGAAGUUUAUUGACGAGACGUUGGCAGAGGCGCCCAGCCCAGCACCCACAGAGCCGCAGACACCCAUGGACGCAGACAAAGCUUCCAUAUAUCGCCAUCCCCUGUUCCCUCUCUUGGCCCUGCUGUUUGAGAAGUGUGAACAGUCCACGCUUAGCUCUGAUUGCAUCACCUCUGCAAGCUUUGACGUGGACAUUGAGAACUUUGUGCGCAAUCAGGAAAAGGAGGGCAAACCCUUCUUCAGCGAGGACCCUGAACUUGACAACUUGAUGGUGAAAGCCAUCCAGGUGCUGCGGAUCCACCUGCUGGAGUUGGAGAAGGUGAGUGACCUGUGUAAGGACUUCUGCAGCCGCUACAUUGCCUGCCUCAAGACCAAGAUGAACAGCGAGACUCUGCUGAGUGGAGAGCCGGGAAGCCCGUACUCCCCCAUACAAGGCCAGGCCCAGAGCUUCUCACCCACCAAGACUCAGACCCCCAGCUCUAUCUCGGGUACCAUCAGUCCCCAAGGUCAAAUCAUGGUGCCGGCAUCAGCACUGCAGCAAGGGAAUGUUACUGUGACAGCCGUCAACCCCACCCAGGUGGUUGCAGGUAUGUCACCAUGGCAUACAUCCCCUCCCUCAGGUGGCACAGUGUACCAGCCUGUUACAGUCGUCACUCCUCAGGGCCAGGUGGUAACACAGGCUCUUUCUCCUGGGACAAUACGCGUCCAAAACAAUCAGCUCCAGCUGCAAUUCCACCAGGACCUGAACCUCUUUAAUCACGAUGACAACUCAACCAAGAACAAACGUGGCGUCUUACCCAAACACGCCACCAAUGUCAUGCGGUCGUGGCUCUUUCAACACAUUGGGCACCCAUAUCCAACAGAGGAUGAAAAGAAACAGAUUGCCACUCAGACAAACUUGACACUGCUGCAGGUCAACAACUGGUUUAUAAAUGCACGGAGGCGGAUCCUACAGCCUAUGUUGGACGCCAGCUCCUCUGAGACACCAAAAGCCAAGAAGAAGACCCCUCAAAACCGACCGCUGCAGCGCUUCUGGCCGGACUCCAUUGCUGCCGGGGGAGGCACUCACCAGCAGGUUACCAUGCCAGACGGUACAAUGGUGACGAUGAAUGUGGAGGGUCUGCAGAGCCUGACGUCAGAUGGCGCCACGCUGGCAGUACAGCAAGUGAUGCUGGGAGGCCACAGUGAAGACGAGUCAGGGGACAGCGGAGACGAGGACGAUGACGCAGACAUGGCUGGGCUGGGCCUGGACAACAGCGACUCAUUGCAGUAGAGGACUCUACCCCUCACUCUCUGAUUUACACAUACACACAAGAUAUGUGUAAAUAGGUCUACAGAAUACAUGUGUGUUCUCAAACACACAGGGAGUCGCAGUACGUACACACACACGCACACACACACACACACACACACACACACACAUUAGGUUUACAUAGAGCACAAAGCUACAGGACAUAACGGAACAGUCCUGCACUCUUCCAUCCCUCCACCCUGCUGAACGGCCGUUUAUGCUGCGUGUGUGUACAUCAGGAGUUUCAUUUCAGAAACUGUUUUUUAAUAAUUUAGUUGAUGUAUGCGAGUGCACUUUUUUGUAUAUUUAAGCUCAAAAAGAUUAAAUCAAACAAACAGAAGAAAAAAAGAAGUGUUAAAAACACUGAAGCAAGUUUGUGUGCUCCGUUAAUAAAUGUUGACUGAGUUCUGAUUUUUUUUUCUUAGCCCCUUUUCCCUGUCCUUAGCUGAAUUCUCAUUUUGGAUGCCAACACUUUAAAUUUGUAUCUGUAAGGGUUUGUCUUCACUUUUUGCAUGCUUGUGUUUUGAGUAGGUGUACGCACUCUUAUGACUGACUCCAUGGCGCUCUCUCAGAGGCCUCUGCAGGCCGAGCAGAUCUUAAGUGGAGAGAUCGGGGGGGGGAGAUGCUUAUUUUUAUAUACAAACAUAUAAAAUGAGUGUUUUUUGUUUCAUUUUUGUGUUCUCCUGUUUUGUAAGGAAUAUUUAUGUACAGAUUCAUAAUUAAAGCUAGUGACCCUGUUUUCCAGGGUUCCUAGAAGUUUUCUAAAAAACAGAAAAGGAAUUGAAUGCUGGUGAAAAUUUCUAUUUAAAUUGGUUUUAAACUUACAAUACUAAAAAGGCCUUACCUGUGUUCUUUUCUAAAGAAUUCUUGCCAAGAAGCACAAAACGAAAGUCUGACCCUCUGUGAAAUUGGUCAAAAAGACACUAAACUGCAGAACCCUUGCGCGGUUCUGUAAAGCAUCGGUAAUAAUUUUACUUUGUGCACUGCAACAUCCCAGUUACCUGAAGAGUUGAAGAGAUCAUACACAGUAACUUGACUGCAGUGCUCAGAUUUUUUUAAAUACAGCUCCAGUUUAACUCUCAUUGUGUAUACCAUAUAUUACGUCUUUUAAUCAUUUUACAGUAGUAGCGUAGGCGUCACUUUCUGAAAUGCACAAUCCAGAACACUAUGCUAAUCACACAAUCAAAAGGGUCCGAGGUGGACACCCCUGGAAGGGCAGUAUCCACAGUGAGAUAUGAAAUCCACCAUCAACAACUUUUUGCACGCAUUAAACUUUUAUUUAUGUACAUGUACAUGCUACUGCGUUGAAAACAAAGAGCAGUUAGAAGGUUGGACUCCUUUGUUCAUUGCCUGCCUGAAGGACUGGGACUAAGAGCUGCAGCCUCUGUUGGUCCCCUUGCCACUACACAUGUAGUGAAAUAUGUUAAAUCUCUUUAUCAAUAUAUUGAUAUUACUGCACAAUUUGGGGUGCCUCUUGUUUGAAUAUCUCUAUUGUACUGUACAGCAGUUGUCAGUAGUUGCAGUAAUCUGGUUUGUAUCCCUCUUGUAAAGUUGAGACUUGAAAUGAUUCAUUUCAUGCAGCCUGAUGGUGUAAUGACUCUGGGUGGGCCCUCGCUGAGCUCUCGGUUCCUCACUUGCAUCUGUCUUGCUUUUUAUGAAGCGUUGUUCACUUUUCUCUUGUCUGUUUGCCUUAGAGCUUUCUAUUUUGGAAUAAACAACGCCUAACUCUA